GCCGCUCUGCCUCCGGGGUUCACACUCUUCCAACGGCUGGGCCGCAGGGCUACCCCUGAAGCCUGAAGCCACCUGCAUGAGGCCCCGAGGAACCCACUGAGCGCCGGGUCGCCGAGGGCGGCACCAUGGCUCUGGAGCAGGCGCUGCAAGCUGCACGGCAGGGCGACCUGGACGUGCUGAAGGACCUGCAUGCCGCCGGGCUGCUGGGGCCUUCUCUGCGCGACCCGCUAGACGCCCUGCCAGUGCACCAUGCGGCCCGAUCUGGCAAACUUCACUGUCUCCGCUACCUGGUGGAGGAGGCUGGCCUCCCGGCCGUGGCCCGCGCGCACAACGGCGCCACCCCAGCCCACGACGCCGCCGCCACAGGCUACCUCUCCUGCCUGAAGUGGCUGCUCACACAGGGCGGCUGCAGAGUGCAGGAAAAAGAUAAUUCUGGUGCCACAGUCCUGCAUCUGGCUGCCCGCUUUGGCCACCCAGAGGUGGUGGAUUGGCUUCUGCAUCACGGUGGUGCGGACCCUGCCAUCGGCACAGACACAGGUGCCCUGCCUAUUCACUACGCCGCCGCCAAAGGAGACCUUCCCUCGAUGAAGCUUCUGGUCAGGCAUUACCCUGAGGGAUUGAAUGCCCAGACCAACAACGGUGCCACACCCCUAUACCUGGCGUGCCAGGAGGGCCACCUGGAGAUGACGAAGUACCUUGUGCAGGAGUGCAACGCAGAUCCGCACGUGCGCGCACAAGACGGCAUGACCCCCCUGCACGCUGCUGCGCAGAUGGGUCACAACUCAGUCCUGGUGUGGCUGGUGAGCUUUGCAGACCUGAGCUUGUCAGAGCAGGACCACGACGGCGCCACGGCCAUGCACUUUGCUGCUAGUCGCGGCCACACCAAAGUGCUCAGCUGGCUUCUGCUGCACGGUGCAGAGAUCUCGCAGGACCUGUGGGGCGGGACCCCGCUACAUGACGCUGCUGAGAACGGGGAACUCGAGUGCUGCCAGAUCCUCGUGGUGAAUGGCGCGGGGCUGGAUGUCCGGGACCAUGAUGGGUACACAGCUGCCGACCUGUCUGAUUUCAAUGGCCACACCCACUGCUCCCGCUACCUGCGGACCGUGCACACCCUGAGCGUGGAACACCGAGUCCUGUCCCGAGAUCCGUCCACUGACCUGGAGGCAAAGCAGCCUGACUCGGGCAUGUCCUCGCCUAACACCACCAUGUCGGUCCAGCCACUGAACUUUGACCUGGGCUCCCCCACCAGCACCCUCUCCAACUAUGACUCCUGCUCUUCCAGCCAUUCCAGCAUCAAGGGUCAGCUCUCCACUCGAGGGCUCCCCAGUGCAAGAGCUGCAGACUUACAGAGCUACAUGGACAUGCUGAACCCAGAGAAGAGCUUGCCUCGGGGCAAGAUAGAGAAGCCCACAGCACUACCGCCGCCACCUAGCUUCCCUCCGCCACCACCCCCAGGCACCCAGGUGCCCCCACCUCCACCAGGCUACCCAGCCCCCAAGCCUCCUGUGGGGCCACAAGCAGCUAAUAUCUACAUGCAGACUAAGAACAAGCUUCGCCAUGUGGAAGUGGAAUCAUUGAAGAAAGAGGCUCGCCACCCCAGGGUGGAGCAAAGUGAUCAGUUUGCACAGCCGAGCUCCGGCGACGGCCACUCGGGGCUGCGAAGGCAGGACUCGGGGCUACGCAGGCAGGAUUCGGGGCUGCUCAGGCAGGACCCGGGGCUGCGAAGGCAGGACUCGGGGCUGCGAAGGCAGGACUCGGGGCUGCGAAGGCAGGACUCGGGGCUGCGCAGGCAGGACUCGGGGCUGCGCAGGCACAACAUCGGACUGCGCAGGCAGGACUCCGACCGCAAGCAGCGCUCGUACAGCAAACAGCCCAGCACGGGGGACUACUACCGCCAGCUGGGCCACUGCCCGGGGGAGCCGCUGGCCUCACGCCCGGGCAUGGCCCACAGCGAGGAGGCGGCGCUGCUCCCCGGGAACCACGUGCAUAACGGCUGCUCAGCAGACCCCAAGACGUCCAGGGAGCUGCCGCCACCACCGCCGCCGCCGCCACUGCCCGAGGCCCUGAGUUCGCCGCCACCUGCCCCACCUCUGCCCAUCGAGGGCGCGGGCGCAGGCAGCGGGCAGCGUCGUUCAUCGUCGUCCGCUGGCAAAGUGAGAGUCCUGAGACACAGGAAGAGCACCAAAUCUUUCAACAUGAUGUCCCCAACGGGUGACAACUCAGAGCUGCUGGCUGAGAUAAAGGCAGGCAAGAGCCUGAAGCCGACACCACAGAGCAAGGGGCUGACCACCGUGUUCUCAGGCAGUGGGCAGCCAGCCUCCCAGGUAGGCACUGGACGGGUGCCCCGCCCCGGCUCCCAGUGCCUUCCCGGUGCUCAGCCCUACUGCUUCUCCCGGCAGCCUGAGUCACCGUCACCGCCACAGCAGCCAUCACCACAGCCCUCGGCUUCACCUGCGCCAUCUCGGCCCCGGAGCCCCACCCCACCCGCCUCUGGGCCUCAGCCAUUGCUCAAUGGCAGCAUAGUGCCGGCGCCGCCCGCCACCCCGGCACCAGGAGUGCAGCUGGAUGUGGAGGCCCUCAUCCCCACCCUCGAUGAGCAGGGCCGGCCCAUCCCAGAGUGGAAGCGACAGGUGAUGGUCCGAAAGCUGCAGCAGAAGAUGCAGGAGGAGGAGGAGCAGAGGAGGAAGGAGGAAGAGGAGGAGGCCUGGCUGGCCAGUCUGCCUGCCUGGAGACGAGACAUUCUUCGGAAGAAGCGGGAAGAGGAGAAGAAGCAGAAGCGAAAAGAGGAGGAGAGACAAAAGCAGGAAGAAAUGCAGAGGGCGAAAGAACAGUCUGAGAAGCUGCGGACACUAGGCUACGACGAGGCCAAGCUCGCACCCUGGCAGCGACAGGUCAUCUUGAAGAAGGGGGAGAUCCCUAAGUAAUAGGAGUCUCGGCCUCUUGCGUGUAGCCUCACAAGUUCUGAGAGAUGGGGAGCGGUCCCCCAGCCCCCGCCCCAUCCUGCCAGGUUGGUGCGGAGGGGCUGGGAGCCUUGCCGCCCUUCCCUUCGGUGCCGGAACCCUCCCUGUUCCCCUCCCUGGCCCCACAUCCCCGGCCCUGCUGCUGGAGUGCUUGCGUUACUGCCGCUGUCGCCUGGAAAAAGUGCCCAAGCCGCUGACACAAAAAGAAAAAAAAAAAAAAAAAGAAAAGAAAAA